GGCUUUCCACUUUCCGGGGUUUCCCCAGUCCCUGAAGGUGUGGUGGGUGGUGCUGGAGAAAGCCGGCUGCUGGGCCCAGCUGGAGAGCAGCACCCAUUAAUGAUUAAUCUUGGCCCUUGUGGCCUGAACCUGGGGAGGAGGGGCAGGGAUCUCCCUCUCCCCACCAUCCCAUGGUGGAAGGGGGUCCCGGAGAAGGGAUGGACCCCUUUGCUUGGGAAAGGCCCCGCCCUGAACCCCCAGAGGGAGCAAGGCCACCAAGGAGAGGCUUAGGGGACAAACCCUGGUAUCCAGGAGGGGUGCCCUGGGAAACCCCUCAGGUGCCUGCUUCCUGGGCUAGUGCCGGGGAGGCGGGGCCUGGUCCGUCUGCCCCUGGGUCCCAGGCCAGAUCCUUGGGCACAGUAGAACAUAGCUGUGGCCUCCCUUCCCCGGCUGCCCCAGUGCACAUCUGGCUGCUGUAACCCACACCGGGGAGGGAGGGAGGGCAGCCGGCCUGACACCCGAUCCCCCUGGUUGCCGUGGUGACAGGUGCCAUGGAAAUCCUGGAGAGGAAAGAGGUGUGGAGGACGGUCCAGCCCAGAAAAAUCCACCCCUUGCUUUCCUGGCGUGGGGGGCGGGAGGCCCAGAGGAGGUGAGGUUGUUCAGGAUCACGUAGGAAACAGAGGAGGACAAGCCUGUGCCAGCAGGGUCCCUGUACUGCAGGGAGGAGGCAUUUUUGCUACUUAUUCCCAUUAUCCAGAGAGGGACACUGAGGCACGGGGACAUUUGGGGACUUGUGACAGGGCAGAGGUGGUUAGAUGGGCUCCGAAUCACAGGGGUCUUGCGCUGGGGCCCUCUCUCAGGACCUCUCUGCCCCUCUGAGGUCCUGGCCUCUUGUGUGUGCCUGGGCUACCCCCAAACACCCAGCUUGGGACCCCUCCCCCCUUGCCACCCUGGCUCCCAGCUCCGCCUGACACUCGGGGGCUGGGCCGGUUGCUACCCCGGGAGCAGAGACAACAGGAGCCCUGUUCCCAGCUGCUUCAAUCCCCGCUUCUCGCUCGGGCAGAGUGCUGCCUGGAGGAAGCGCCCCGUGGACAAAGCACACCUGCUUACCCUGCAUCCCCUGCCCCUGCCAGCCCAGGGCUCUCCAGCUGCCCCAGCCAGAGAGGGGAGCAUGUCCCCUCCCGCCGGGCUCCCAGGGAUUGAGUGUGCCACCCAAGGAGGAAGGCAAUGAUUAACCCAGGAGAAGGCGGCACGGAUAGAGGAAUUCUGGGCAUGGAGGCAGGCUUCUCUGGGGCUGCUGCUUUGCUCUGACUGGGUGAGGAGUGAGGACAGCCCCUUUGGGGAGCCCUACAGGGCUCCGGGCAGGGCAGGGCAGAAUGGAGCAGAGGUACCCACGGAACUCACAGGGCUGGGGACCCGCUGCAAUCGCCAGGGAGAGGACUCAUGAAUAUUCACACCCGCUGGAGCGAGAGGGAGCCAGCCAGCCUGCCUGCUGCUGGGUGUCAUUGGAGUGCUCCCGUCUCCCAGUGCCCAGAGGCAGCCUGGGAGUCGUGGCUCAGGCAGACAGAGGAAAGGGACAGCCACAGCUGAGGUGCCUGAGAUGCCGCCGCCGCCGCCGAAGAAGCGCUGGGAAUCCAUGGCCAAGGGGCUGGUGCUGGGCGCGCUGUUCACCAGCUUCCUGCUGCUGCUCUACUCCUACGCCGUCCCCCCGCUGCACGCCGGCCUGGCCUCCGCGUGAGCCAGAGCCGCCCACCGCGCCGCCGCCCGCGGGGAGCGCCUCCAACGGCUCGGGCGGCUGCCGGCCGCGCCGGGACAUCGUGUUCAUGAAGACGCACAAGACGGCCAGCAGCACGCUGCUCAACAUCUUGUUCCGCUUCGGCCAGAAACACGGGCUGCGCUUCGCCUUCCCCAACGGCCGCAACGACUUCGACUACCCGGCCUUCUUCGCGCGCAGCCUGGUGCAGGACUACCGGCCCGGCGCCUGCUUCAACAUCAUCUGCAACCACAUGCGCUUCCACUACGACGAGGUGCGCGGCCUGGUGCCGCCCAACGCCACCUUCAUCACGGUGCUGCGCGACCCCGCGCGCCUCUUCGAGUCCUCCUUCCACUACUUCGGGCCCGUGGUGCCGCUCACCUGGAAGCUGUCGGGCGGCGACAAGCUGGCCGAGUUCCUGCGGGACCCCGAGCGCUACUACGACCCCGGCGGCUACAACGCGCACUACCUGCGCAACCUGCUCUUCUUCGACCUGGGCUACGACAGCAGCCUGGACCCGCGCAGCCCGCAGGUGCAGGAGCACAUCCUGGAGGUGGAGCGCCGCUUCCACCUGGUGCUGCUGCAGGAGUACUUCGACGAGUCGCUCGUGCUGCUCAAGGAGCUGCUGUGCUGGGAGCUGGAGGACGUGCUGUACUUCAAGCUCAACGCGCGCCGCGACUCGCCCGUGCCGCGCCUCUCGGGCGAGCUCUACCGCCGCGCCACCGCCUGGAACAUGCUGGACGCGCGCCUCUACCGCCACUUCAACGCCAGCUUCUGGCGCAAGGUGGAGGCCUUCGGACGCGAGCGCAUGGCGCGCGAGGUGGCCGCGCUGCGCUGCGCCAACGAGCGCAUGCGGCGCAUCUGCAUCGACGGCGGCCAGCCCGUGGACGCCGCCGCCAUCCAGGACGAGGCCAUGCAGCCCUGGCAGCCCCUGGGCGCCAAGUCCAUCCUGGGCUACAACCUCAAGAAGAGCAUCGGGCCGCGGCACGCGCAGCUCUGCCGGCGCAUGCUCACGCCCGAGAUCCAGUACCUGAUGGACCUCGGGGUCAACCUGUGGGUCACCAAGCUCUGGAAGCUCAUCCGGGACUUCCUGCGGUGGUGACCGUCACCACCACUGCCUGCGCGCUGGGUCGCCCGCCCCCAGCGCGCAUGCGCACUGCCAGAGCGCUGGGCAGCCACCUGCUGGUGCCGGCCUCCCCCUGCCCCUCCUGGUGCCACCCCGGAUCCCCCGGGGCUGAGAGGGGGCUCUCGUGGGGGACACAGCCGGCCAGGACUGGGCCCACCGCACACCGAGAGGGCCUAACCGACAUCAGUAUUUGACUAAUUAUGUCAUUUUUUAUUAUUAUUAAAGCCUCCAAAAAAAAAACCCACAAAAAAGAAUGUUCUAUUUCCUGCCUCCCCUUAAAGGGGAGCCCUCAGAAGUAAAGAAUUUGAUGUGUUUUUGGUAA